AUGGAUAAUAUGAAACGGUUUUUUAAUCCUGGUGAACCAGAACAGGAACAGAACGCAAUUAUGUCUGAGAUAUCCGGAUUGUCAUGGGAUACACGUAUUAAAGCAUUCGGUAUCUGUCUACUUGUUGCUGUUCUACUUGGUAUUGGUUCGGUGAUUAUCUAUUUCCUCGGUGGCAAUUUAACGGGCUUUGCUGUUCUCUAUACCUUCGCUGUUAUUGCUGGUGUCGCAUCUACAAUAUUUUUGAUGGGUCCAAUGAAUCAAUUAAAGAAAAUGUUUGAUCCCAGUAGAUUAAUCGCUACUCUUGUGUUUAUUGGAUCCGUUAUAAUGACACUUGUGUCAGCUCUUGCCUUAAAAAUCGGCGUUCUUGUUCUUAUUUUUGUUAUUAUUCAAUUUCUCGCCCUUGCUUGGUACACAAUCAGUUACAUUCCAUUUGCACGAGAGGCGAUCACCAGUUGCUGCCGCGGAGUGAUGAGUGUUUAA